UUCCAACUUAUACUUAUAGUUACUGUUGUAAAUAAAUAACUUUCAAAACCUUUCAGUAGCAUCGAUAAUAAACUUAAAUAUUAUGCUUUAGUUGUUAGAAUUGCGUCGACGAUCAAGUUAUUGGGAUGAUGCAGUUGAUGAUAACAAUUGCCUUAUGCCUUGUUGGAUUAACAAUCUCGGGGCUCCCUGUGCUGAAUCUAGGGCUAAUUCUUCAAUCUCCAGGACAGACAUUGAAGCUGUUCAGCCAAUACAAGGCAGAGGAGCAUCUCAAUUUCGGCGCUAGUGAAAACAAGAUUCGGUUUCUAAUAUUCAAGAAGAACGCACAGUUGGUUUCAACUUUAAAUUCUGCACCAGAAGAAACUGCUAAGUUUGGACUAAACUUCUUUUCGGCUUUGAGCAGCGGGGAGAAACAGAAAUGGCUCGGACUUAACACAACAGGCCUUCCUUCAAACCCUAAGUCAAAUAUCCCUUUGCAGGUCUCAUCUAAACUAUACACUCCCAAAAGUGUGGAUUGGGUAAAAGAGGGAGCGGUAACAACCGUAAAGAGCCAAGAUUCGUGUGCUUCUUGCUGGGCGUUUUGUGCUGUAAGUGCUAUGGAAUCAAGAUACAAAAUAAAGUCAGGUAGAUUGAGAGCCUUCUCGGAGCAAGAAUAUUUAGACUGCACUUAUUCUCAGGGUCGACAAGAAAGAUACAGGAAAGAAGAUGGCUGUACCGGCGGGUUGUCUUCCACGGCAUACGAUUACUCAACAGAUCACGGGGGUAGACUUGCAGCUGAAAAAGAUUACCCUUACGAGAAUAAAAUGGGCGAAUGUAGAGGAACAAAAACUCCAAAUGCGGCUGUUGCGUUCAAGAUCGUUGGACGGAAAAUGCUGCCCGUUGGCGAAAGUUCUUCCAUCACAGCUCUUGCCGAAGGUCCUAUUUGGAUAUAUAUACAAGUUACUAAUACGUUCCAUGCUUACAUGAGCGGUGUCUUCAAAGACACCACUUGCAUUGGGAGUCAAAUUAAUCACGCAGUGACUGGAGUUGGAUAUACUGAGAAAUACGUGCUUAUCAAGAACUCGUGGGGUACAACAUGGGGAGACAAAGGUUUUAUAAAGGUAGCAAGAAAUCACGACAGCUGUGGAAUUUGGACACGCAACGGCUACCCGAUACUUAAAGCAACAGGGAAGAAAGACAAAGGAAUAAACGAUAAAAAGUCUACAUAUGUUGAUGAGGAUUAUGAGGACGAUGAGGAUAAUGAGGACGAUGAGGAUAAUGAGGACGAUGAGGAUAAUGAGGACGAUGAGGAUAAUGAGGACGAUGAGGAUAAUGAGGACGAUGAGGAUAAUGAGGACGAUGAGGCCGAGGAUAAUAAAAACGCUACAUGCAAUGAUAAGAACAGAGGUUGCGUUAAAGAUAUGUGCAAGCAUACAGCAUUCGUUUCAGAGUGGUGCCGGGAUACUUGCGGGUACUGCAAAAUAAAAUGCGAGGAUCAAUAUUCCGACUGUAAACAAUUUUGGUGCAAAUAUACCUACUUUGCUAAAGACCAGUGCCAGAGGACAUGUAAAAUGUGCGAGGAGAAAGAUGGUGAAGAUGGAAAAGGGGUAUGUAACCCUGGCUUGAUAAGGUGCCCAGAUGGAGUGUGUAAACACGAGCACAUGUGUUAGGAUUGCCGAUUAUGAGAGUUAGAAAUUCGAAAUAAAUUCGUAAAUGGUAAACACUGAUGGUCUCAUAUUUUUGUUAUGCUUUCGAGUUCGAUUAUGAUGAGGUACUACUACUUGAUUUUCAUAUUCAUAUUGCAUCUAACGAUUCAUUAUCUAAUUA